AUGUAGGGCAUAUUUUGUUGACAUCGAAACAAAAUGGAGCGUAACGUGGCAGACGAAAACAAGCCCCAAAAGAGAAAAAGUGAGAAGAAUGGAGACGAACCAAGUCAUUAUUGGUGUUCGGUGCCGGGUUGCACAUCAGAUGGCAGGAAAAAGGCCAAUUUAAUUAAAUAUCCGUGGAUGAGAGGAGUACAGUUCUAUCCAUACCCAGGAGCUAAACGUAAGGCAAAGCUAAGAAAGAGGUGGUUGCAGCAGGUUUUCAGGGAUGAGAAGUAUGCUCCAAAACGCUACCAUUCGGUAUGUUCACGACAUUUCAUAGAUGGUUGUCCAACAGAAGAAAACCCCGUUCCUACUUUAUUUCCGCGCAAUAAAAUCGUCAAACAGUCCAGAACUACAACCUCUAUAGAGAAACGUCAACAGACCAGGUGUAAUUCUUUGUCGGAUUCAGCUAUAGCAGCGGAGAAGUCAGAUGUUCAUUCUACCCAGUGUACACCAAUAGAAUGUUUAUCGAUGGAGGAUAUCACAGUUUCAUGUGAAGGGAAUGCAGAUGUACAUAUACCUCUCCCUAUAGCACAUGAGUGUGUCAUAGAACACACAUCAAACGAAAACUGUUUUGAGGAACCUUGCUCCAAGACUGAGGACAUUUCUUAUGGAAACUGCAACCAUGACCAUGUAUACAGCAAACGGUCUGUGGAACCUAGGUGCAGUGAAGAUUUUGUUGAGUUUGCUGUGCAGACGGACCUGACCAUGGAGGAUAUACAUCAUAUGGAAACUAUGACCAAAGAGACAGAACAUAUCCACAGGGAGCAAUUUGUCAAUAGAAUUACACGGUCCGACUCGGCAGUCAGAAGAUAUUUAGGAGUGCCUAGCAUAACUAUGCUGUUUGGAUUGUUUGCAAUACUUGACAAAGUAUGCACCAAACUCAAGUACUGGUCAGGAAAGAACAGCAUAGCAAACAUGAAUUAUGAAACCUCUGAAGCCAGAAAACCAGGUCCAAAGAGGAAGUUGACAAAGUUCCAUGAGUUUUUAUUAACCCUUUUUCGACUAAGACUUUCUGUCCCAGCCUUUUUGAUUGGUGAUUUGUUUGGUGUAUCAGAGACACGAGUUUCACAAAUAGUGUGUACAUGGAUAAACUACAUGUUCCAGGUUUUCAGACCUCAACUGAAAUGGCCAUCACUACAGAGCAUCAGAAAACAUAUGCCAAGGUCUUUCAAACAGACAUUCCCCCGUACAAGAGUUGUCAUAGACUGUACUGAAAUAUUCAUUCAAAAGCCAAGGACACCUACUGCUCAAAGCCAAACAUACAGCAAUUACAAAGGACAUAAUACAUUUAAAUGCCUUGUUGGUAUAACUCCUACCGGUGCAUUUUCUUAUGUGUCUGAAUUGUGGGGUGGCAAUGUGUCUGACAGGUACAUUACAGCCAAUAGUGAUUUCUUGGAUUUGAUAUCUGCUGGAGAUGAGGUGAUGGCUGAUCGGGGUUUCAUCAUAAGAGACUAUCUAUUGGAGCGAAGGGCAAAGUUGGUUAUACCACCAUUUACACAUAAAUGUCGAUGGGGAAAAGGGAAACGGUUAAAUGCUAGUGAGAUUCGGCGAACAAGACAGAUAGCGAAACUACGGAUUCAUGUGGAACGUGCUAUACAACGUUUGAAAUCAUAUAAACUUUUAUCGGGAAUCCUACCAAUCAACUUAAAGCCAAUUGCAAGCCAGAUUCUGGUUGUUGCUGCAUUUCUAUGCAAUUUAUCUAAACCUCUUGUGAAAAAUUAACAAGAUGCUUAAUAUUUUUAGUCCCCUACCGGUGAAACCGGAGGGGACUAUAGGUUUUUCAAUUUGUUAUUUUGAUUGUUGGUG